GUAACUUACUACGGGCACUCUUCGUGUUAACAACGAACACAGAACACCUACAUUUAUCAAUAUUCAAAAUUAUUUUGUUCGACAUCUGACUACAUCGCUUCGAUCAGGUUACAGUUUUGAACGACGAUAUCCAUUCAUUAAAUGUAUAAACUAUGAUGUGUUAUAAGAAUGUGGUAGUUAUGAUAUUAACAUUCAAUCUGAUGGUAAACUGCGCACCAAGGGUCCCUGAAACUAUAGAAUGGGGCACCCAAAAUCACUUUUGCGGUUCAGCCAUCCCGAUUAUUAUGGGGCUGAUUUGCAGAGUCCCCGAGCGUAUCCUUCCUAAACAGGUUGAAGAUACUAAUCAUCGAGUACGGCGCAAUAUCGUCGACGACUGCUGUAAGGCUGCUUGCACCCUAACUUACAUGCAAUCCUAUUGCCAUGAGGAUCUCGAAAAAACUAGCAGAGAUAAACCGAUUAUUAUGUACACAUAAUAGAAUUAAUAAAGAUCAUCAGCAAUAUAACAACAGACAACUUCAACAACUACAACACCAGGACCAAUAGCUACAACCAAUACACUGGCUCCAAUGUUUAAGAUCCCAGCUAAAGGAAAAAUGAUUUGUAAUUGUUGCUGUACCGAUUAUUGUAAACAAAAUAAAUAUUUUUCAACACAUA